AUGGAUCAGUUUCGCGGUUUAUUUGUAAAACUGGACCAAAACAAGGAUGGGUUCAUAUCGGUGGCGGAGCUGCACAAUGAGAUGAAGAAGCAUGGGAUCAUUUCAGCAGAUGGCAAAGCCCAGAAUAUCAUUGACUCUUAUGACAAAGACAAAGAUGGCCUGCUGGAUUAUAAAGAGUUUCUCAGCUACAUGAUGGACAGAGAGAGGACAUGGAAAAUUCACUUUCAUGAACUUGACAAGAACAAAUGUGGGGUGAUUGACCAGGAGGACAUCAUAAGUUUGUUUAAGGAUUUAGGAGUGGUCUUAUCAAAGCCGAAUGCAAAACAAAUUAUUCAAAUGAUGGAUAAGGACAGCUCCAUGACAGUAGACUGGGGAGAAUUCCUGCAUCAUGUCAUCCUCAACCCCGUGGACAACAUCAGUGAGCUGGUGUCCUCAUGGAAACACAGUCUGGUUUUUGAUGUGGGUGAGAGCCGUGCGAUGCCCAUUGAGUUCCCUGAGGAGGCGUCUGGAUUUGGUGCCUGGAGGACAUUUGUGCUGGCAGCAGGAAUGGCUGAUGCUGUGUCCAGGAGUGUGACAGCACCCAUCGACCGCCUGAAGACGCAACUUCAGGUUCAUGGAUCCAAGGCAUUCUCUCAGGGCUUUCAGGAGAUGAAGGCAGGUGGUCUACGUUCGAUGUGGCAAGGAAAUGCUGUGAAUGUGCUGAAGGGAACACCACAGUCCACGCUGCAGUGUCUAAUCUAUGCUCAGAUGAAGGUGUACACCCAGAACAGAACUCAGGAGACUCUGACGGUGCAGCAGCGUUUCGGUUUGGGUUGUGUGUCCGGCGCUGUAGCUCACGCUGCUUUCUACCCUUUAGAGGUGCUGAAGGUGAGGUUGAACCUACAACAAGCUGGCACCUACAACGGUGUUGUGGCAUGUGCCCGCUCUAUUUACAGGCAUGAGUCUAUGUCCUCUUUUUACAGAGGAUUCAAGCCCAGCAUCCUAUGCAUGAUACCUUACGCAGGUGUGGAGUGUGCGGUUCAUCAGUCAAUCAUGAGUUGGGCAAAGAGAGAUCCGGCCUACAACAGUGACUCCAAGCUGUUCUUCUUCAGUUUUGUGGCCUUUGCUUCUGGACAGAUGACGAGUUACCCACUGGCAGUGAUCCGGACUCAGCAGCAAGCGCAAGCUUUCAGUUCAGAUUCACGUCAAGCUUCAGGUGUGUUACAAGGACUUUUUGGCAUAUAUGAGAGAAAUGGAAUCAGAGGAUAUUAUAAUGGGAUGGGAGCCAGCUUCAUCAGGGCUAUUCCAUGUGCUCUGAUGAACUACACUUUAACUAGAAAAUUUGAAAAUCUGUUUUCCUCUAUUGAGUCUUGA